AUGACGGGCAAACCGCCCGUGGAUCUCGGCUCCUCAUUUACAGCCUUCCUGCGGAAAACUUCCAAGCUGGCAUGCAGCAUCGACGGAUGCAAUGAGCAGUUUGCGAACGUUGACGAGCGGGUUAGGCAGCAUGUACUGGACCGGCACGCAGACCUCGUGGGAGGUAAAGGGCUAAAGACAGCGAUCGAGGCUUGUCGUGGAAGGGACAUUGGUGACCAGCGGCGAGGUGCCCAAUCAGGGCCGAUGGACAACUCGGCACAGAAUAACACCCCGUCUGCUCAGGAUGCCACCGUGAACCGGGAUAGUCCUGUGGAAGACCAAUCCUCUAAAGCUGCCAUAGCAUCAGGAUCUCCAACUCGGCCUAGAUCUACAAGUCCUCCUCGCCGGUCCAGGGCGCGCACAGGACCGACACCUGAUCCCGCCUUCAGCCGGAGAGUACCACAAACACAGGGUAAGAAACUAUGGACUCCAGGUGACGAGCCGGCUCAAACCACAACUUCAACGCGCCCAAAGGUGUCAGGGAAGCCUAGGAAAGGCGAUGGCUAUGCCCAGGCACGUAAUCAUCCUCCGUCGAUCGAGGAUGUCUCGGUCGACGAAGAGCCCCCUACGGCUCUCAUUAAGCAGCCAGAAACCCGGCCCAUCAGCCAGGAACAAUUGGUAGCCGAGGUCAAAGGGAUCUAUGCUGGCCUGGUCAUGGUCGAAUCGAAAUGUAUUGAAGUGGAUAACGCGCAAAGCUCACAGAAUGAUGCAAAGUUGAAUAAUGAGCAGUGGCAAGCAUUAAUUGCCCUACACCGGACCCUCCUCCACGAGCAUCACGAUUUCUUCUUGGCUUCGCAACACCCGUCCGCCAGCCCAGCCCUUCGACGUCUUGCCUCAAAGUAUGCAAUGCCGGCAAGGAUGUGGCGGCACGGUAUUCACUCCUUUUUAGAACUUUUAAGGCACCGCUUGCCAAUGUCUCUUGAACACAUGUUGACGUUCAUCUAUUUGGCCUACUCUAUGAUGGCCCUCCUGUACGAGACCGUGCCGGCAUUUGAGGACACCUGGAUUGAGUGCCUCGGGGAUUUGGGCAGGUAUAGGAUGGCUAUCGAGGAUGAUGAUAUUCGUGAUAGGGAAGUAUGGACAUCUGUCUCGCGCCAUUGGUAUUCGAAAGCGUCAGACAAGGCCCCCACCACUGGCCGCCUGUACCAUCACCUGGCCAUCCUCGCUCGACCCAACGCGUUGCAGCAGUUAUUCUAUUACACAAAGUCGUUGUGUGUGCCAAUCCCCUUUACAUCGGCUCGCGAAUCAAUCAUGACUCUGUUCGACCCUAUUCUGAGUGUGAGCAAUACACAGCACUCACGUUUAAUGGCAAUCGACGCCUCGUUCGUCAAGGCCCAUGGCAUUCUAUUUAGUGGAAAAUGCGCAGACGAUUUCCUGCCUGCAGUGGAGGAGUUUUUGCACAAUCUAAAUACCCACAUCGGAAGAACCACUCGACGGUGGAUGGAAUCUGGAUACUACAUUGGGAUCUCGAACUGCUGUGCUCUGCUGGCCUACGGCAAGGAGGACAACGUGAUAUUCAAGAUUAUCCGGCCGCAACGUACAGAUGAAGCAACAGACACGAAUAUGGGAGAACUGGACCAGACACCAGGAAAGCUUUUUGAGCAAGCCCUUCACCUAGCUCAAGGGACAUAUGAGGUCGCUUUUCGCAGAUUCGCAGAUCCCAAUGUUCUGCCGUUUUUGCACUCCAUCCUGGUCUUUGUGCGUCACUUGACCUUCUUUCCCGGCGCCAUGGCUUUUAUCGACAAAACCUUCCCCUGGAAGCUUGUCUCCAUGCUACUCAACUCUUUGCUUCUGUCAUAUCGAGAUUACGACCGAAUUCACAACGACAACUUCCCAAGGCCUGUGAAGGAACUCCCAAGGCCACUUCCUGAGGACUUUGCUAUGAAAGGGCUACUGUGGGUGGACAAAUACUUCCCUGUUGAUUGGUUCUCCAAUGACAAGAUUGACGAUGACGAGAAAUAUUUCGAGGUGGCAUCAAUGACUGACGAGAGGAAAGAACGGAUAUUAUGGCUUGGGUGCCGCAUUGCCAAGCUGGGGAAGUGGCUGACAUACGACGAGUCAAUUCAUCAGUUUGGGGUUGUCAACGAAUUCGAAAGAGAGGUCGAGCCUUUGUCAAAGGACGCGGAAGAUGUAGAGAUGUUGAACGUUUCAGAGGCUUGA